CAUGCGUGGUAGUUUGUUCCAGAUGGCUCAAUCAGCUAUUUAAACACACGUUAAAAAACUAAAAGUGAUUUUCAGAAGAUGGCGACCGCUCUGGUGGUGGUGGUGGCAGUUGCUGGAAAUCCUGAAAAGGAAAAAUCUGAAAAAGCAACUCAGAAAGUUGUGAGUCCCAAUGUAUACAUCAAGCAUCCACUGCAAAACAAGUGGGCUCUUUGGUUUUUCAAGAAUGACAAAAGCAAGACAUGGCAGGCAAAUCUUCGUCUCAUUUCCAAGUUUGACACAGUGGAAGACUUCUGGGCAUUAUACAAUCACAUUCAGCUGUCAAGUAAUUUGAUGUCCGGUUGCGACUACUCAUUGUUUAAGGAUGGCAUUGAGCCCAUGUGGGAGGAUGAACGAAACCGACGAGGCGGCCGCUGGCUGAUAACUCUGUCCAAGCAGCAGCGAAAAUGUGACCUGGACCGGUUCUGGUUAGAGACCCUCUUGUGUCUUGUGGGCGAAGCUUUUGACGACUACAGCGAUGACGUGUGCGGGGCCGUCAUUAAUGUCCGAGCCAAAGGAGAUAAAAUAGCAAUAUGGACCACAGACUAUGAGAACAAAGAGGCCAUUACACACAUAGGGCGUGUGUAUAAGGAGAGAUUAGGUGUACCGCCAAGAGUAAUCAUCGGAUACCAGUCACACGCAGACACGGCCACAAAGAGCGGCUCCUCGACCAAGAACAAGUUUGUUGCCUGAAGACCAUUACCCACAAUUCUCACCUGUGAUUUUGUUUCCUUCAGUCAGAAUACAUUUUCUUUAGUUUCCCCAUGAAUGUAACUAACAUGUUUAUCCGCUACCAAACAUUUGAGAUGGGGGGGGGGGGGGGGAUAAUAGCGCUUCCUUUAUCGUUGCCACUUUACCAAAGCUUAGAACAAAUGAGCCGUUCAACUGGAGCACUUUGUAAUUUAAGAGCUUUGAGUUUUUGUGCUGGUGGGCUGAAGAGGAGUAAAAAUGUUUUGAUGCCCAUUAUUUCCAUUUUGAGACCUAGCUGAAUAUCUGUGGAAAAUUUAAUUUAGUCACUCUUUAGUAUAGGAAUUAUUUUUGUGAAGAGAUUAAAAGAUAAAAUGUUUACUUGUUUACCUUGCUAGACUGUAGCUUAUUUUCUUCAUACUGUAACUGCCAAAUAUUGUGAUUUAACUUUGUUUUGGAAGGAGCUAAAACCUUUUUUUUUUUUUAAUGUAUUUGAACAGUCAAGUGGAGUAUUGUUUCAUUAGUCAACUUAUUAAUUUCCACUUUUUUGCCAGCAUUACCGGAUUGAAGUUGGAUGUGUUUAUUUACAGAUACAGUUUGUGCAAUAUUUGAAGACUUCUACAAGAGACAUUAACCGUAUUCGAGUGGAAAAUAUAUGGAAGAAGUGUGUGAACUGGUUUAGGUCAUGUUCUUGGUAGAGUUAAAGUGAACUAGUGCAACAUAGCUUAACGAAAUGAAAGAGAUUUUACAACACAGAAGUGCAUAGACCACACCGUGACAUUGUACAGUAUUUUGUUUAUUCGGUGUAUGUUUACAUGAUCUGCCAUUUUGAUAAAAGUUUAAUUACAUUCCAGAUUUAGUUGACUGUCAGAUUAAAUAUGUAUGCGAUAUAAGUGAAAGGAAGAUGGUUUGGAAGGGUUAACCUGUGCCUUGAAUGCAAGACCCUGCUCUGUCUGCAGAAAAUGUAUGAGUGAUGUAAAUAAACGUGUACAGUGUGUUCUUUCAA